GCAAGCCGCCAUGAAAGCAACAGAAGAAUAAAAGCAACAAGUUGACAGGUGUCAUGGCUGUGAACUUUCAGCCCAUUCGAGAAAGACUGCUAGACAACACAAGAAGUAAAACCACCAGAGUAUUGGAGUUACGUUUGAACGGUGGCGACAUCUUCAAGAACGAGGAUUUAAAAACGACGCGAUGGUUGCCAUCUUCCUGUGGAACCUUCGCCUGUAAAUGUCCCGUAUCCUUCGGUGAUGGUCUGCGAGGACACCGGUGCAUCGGCAGGGAUUUCCCCCGUGUUGGUGGUCGAUGAAGCGGAUCUCCUGGGUGAUGAGAGGCCGGGGAGACGCGGAUGUCCGCCGGCCAUGGGUGCGCUAUUGUGGGGGCCAGCAACCAUCCACGCUGCUGUGUUUGCGUGACGACGAUGACGAUGAUGAUGUUCUUCCUUCUCCCCUGCAGCUCCACCUCGAGGGGGUGGGGGGUCGCCUCGGCCAGCCCACCAACCCCCCCGCCGCUCCCCCCCUCCCUCCUUCGGCUCCUCCUUCUCACGCCCCGGCACCGAUUGUUGACAAAAGACGGCGAGGCGAGGCGAGGGGGCCCCCCGUUUUCUUCCACACCGGACCCCGGAACCUCUAAACGGAUCUAGCCGGUUCCUCUCGGCUGCGAGCGGGUGGAUGCGACCGAGCAGGGAGGUGGCGCAUGGAGGAGCUCCGUCUUCUUCUUCUCGUUGUUCGGCUGCUUGAAGGCGCCCCUCCAGAAGGUGUGGCCGAGGUGAUCCGGUUGUCCGUGGUGGUGUGACCGCAGAAGUGGAUCCCAGCCGUCCUCCACCCCCCCCAUCCCUCCUGGAAGACAAAUCAUUUCCUCAGUUAAAAAAAAUGGGUCACCAACUCUAAGAGAAGCUUCAGAGCAGCUUCACAGGAGGAGGAGAAGGAGGUCUCCUCACCCGGGAAUGGUGUGAGCUGACACGGCCAGGCAAGUCUGGAUCUAACCGGGGACCCGUCCUUCCCCCGGAGCCUGCGUGGCGCCAAGCCGCGUCCCGAGCCCUCCAAGAUGGGGAAGUGCGACGGAAGAUGCACGCUGCUGGUCAUAUGCUCCUUGCAGCUGGUGGCCGCCCUGCAGAGACAGGUGUUUGACUUCCUGGGCUACCAGUGGGCGCCCAUCCUGGCCAACUUCCUGCACAUCAUGGCCGUCAUCCUGGGCAUGUUUGGCACGGUGCAGUUCCGCUUCCGAUACCUCAUCUUUUACGCGGUGUGGCUGGUGCUGUGGGUGGGCUGGAACUCCUUCAUCAUCUGCUUUUACCUGGAGGUGGGCAACCUGUCUCAGGACAGGGAUUUUCUCAUGACGUUCAACACAUCCCUUCAUCGUUCGUGGUGGAUGGAGCACGGCCCCGGGUGCCUCGUGACACCCGUGCUGGACUCGCACAUGGCGCCCGACGACCACCACGUCAUCACCGUGUCCGGGUGUCUCCUGGACUACCAGUAUAUGGAGGUGCUGAGUUCGGCCGUUCAGAUCCUGCUGGCCCUCUUUGGCUUCGUGUACGCCUGCUACGUCAGCAAAGUCUUCCAGGACGACGAGGACAGCUUCGAUUUCAUCGGCGGGUUUGACUCUUACGGGUACCAACCUCCUCAGAAGUCCUCUCAUCUGCAGCUUCAGCCUCUUUACACGGCUGGUUAAUGGAUGCUUGCGCCCCCUUCAGGCCACACCCUGACAGUGCCACUGUGGAUGGACGGAGAUGGUCACCCUGAUUGGACUCUGAGGAUGGACUUGUGUGUGUGUGUGUGUGUGUAUGUGAGAUAGACAGUAAGCCUGAGGAAGAUUAACAUCCCUGAAAGGAAUGUACUGAGCUCAGGGAUGAACCAGCGUGUCGGGUGGCAGGUUUUGGGAUGGCGACAUAGGGAAGGGGGCGGGACGGAGCACACACACACACACACACACACCUCUUGUCAAAUCACCACUUCUUUACGUAACUACCAGCUACACAAACGUGUGUGUGUGUGUGUGUCAUACAGUAUUUGUGCGUGACUGUCACAGGACCAACCGCCGCCGGUGCACCACCUUGCAGCACUCUUGUUAUUGUGGAAGGGGGGCGUGGGUGGGUCACAUGAUUUAAAAAAAAACAACAACAACAACAACAACAACCCAGAACAAAACACGAAACAAAAAGGCACGACUCGUUGUCAUUUUAGAAAUGUGAUGUCAGAACUAGAGCAGUCUUCAGAUCCCUGCUCCCAAAGCCAUCUCCCCCUAAUGUCCCGACGGAUGCUUCACUUUUAUUGGGAGUGAUUGAGCUCGUUUUGGACUCCUAUUUCCUCCAUUUCCUGUUUGGAUGGAAAGGUAUUUGUGUUACUGAAUGACAAUGAAGGAACAUGGAAUCACAGGAGGGAAACUCAACUUGAGUGUUCAAGGAUGCAGAUGGCUUUGGGAUCAAGCAUUAGUGUGUCUACGGGGUGGGGGCGGGUAG